CUGCGCUCUGCGCGCAAGCCCGCCGCUGGCCCCGACCUUGUGCGUCCCAUGGCCAGCGACGACGCCGACGCCCGACUUGACCUCCGGUACCCCGGUGUCCUCUCCGCCGCUUCCCGGGCGUGCCAAAUACGCCGUUCGCACCGUCCGUGCCAUCCGCACCGCGAGCCCGUUUGUGUGCCAGCGCAGCAAGCAUAGAUGGGCUUCUCGAAGAAGCCAGCCAACAACCUCAACGCCGACUCUGCCCCUGCGUCGUCUGCGUCAGCCCCGGAGGAGCCUCCGUCCUCCAGGAACACCUCCUUCUUCUCCCGCUUCAGUCUGCCACUCCGAUCGCGCCCCCGUCACAUCGUCGACUUCCAUGUCCGCCCCGCCGAGCCCCACCGCGUCUAUGCCGCGGGCGACCAGGUGCACGGCGCGGUGGUCCUGACCGUCAUCAAGCCCGUCCGUAUCACCCACCUGGUCGUGUCGCUGCAUGGCUACAUGCGCGUCUACAAGAGCCCGAACGCGCCGGCGAACGAGCCUGUACUCGACCCCGCCGACGUCCCAGCCAUCCCUAGCCGCGGGUCGCGCCACAAGAGCCACGGGAGCGGCGCUGUGAGACUGUUUCAGGACGAGCAGACGCUCAGCGGCGAUGGGAGGCUCGAGCCGGGCCGAUACGAGUUCAACUUCAACCUCCUUUUCCCCGCCGAACGGCUGCCGAGCAGCAUAGAUUUCGAGCGCGGGACCAUCUCUUACAUGAUUACGGCUACCCUGACCCGCCCGACGUCUAUAGGGAACAAAGGUGCGCCCAAGACCAGCUGCGAACGCAAGGUCUACCUUGUCGAGAAGGUUGAUGUCGGGCCUCUGGCCCCGCCACGCCCGCGUACAAUCUCCCUCGAGCCCAUCUCGAAACGGCCCAGGAGGAAAAGGCAACUCGCCACCAGCACGGAAAAGGGUCCCGCGACACUCGAAGCAGCCCUGCCGGCCUCCGACCCGGACUUGACGCGGGCGAAUGAGAAUUCUACCGAGGGUUCCGGGUCCGUGGUUCUCGAUGACCUCGAGCACGAGUCGACGGUCAACAACAACGGCAACGCCCGGGGUCUUGAGCCCAGCGAAGUCCGGAGCAUCAGCAGCGACAGCGCCGUCAGCGGAAGCACCGGCCUGAGCAGGGCCGGUGAUGGAAACCACGUGUUGGCCGCCACCGCUCCAAUAUGUGGGAAGACGAUCCCUGGAAUCAGGGAGAGGACCAUCACAGCCACAGUCGAGCUGCUGAAAGGCGGCUGUCUUCGGGGAGAUGUGAUACCCAUCAAAAUUUCGGUGCAGCAUAUCAGACGGAUAAAGAGCCUGCACGGCGUCAUCGUGACUCUCUACAGGUUGGGACGCAUCGACUGGUCUCCCCCGUUGCUCGCCAAGGACCUACCCGAAGAUGAAGCUCGGCGGCUGGAGAAGGAGGAGUACUACCCCAAAUCCAAGACCGGGCUCGGCGGGCUCUCACUGUCGUCGGCCGGCUCCUGCAGCGUGUUCCGGAAGGACCUGGCCCAGGCAUUUGCCCCCCUCAUCAUCGACCCGGCCACCCUGACUGCCAGUCUCACGACGUCGGUGCGAGUGCCCGCGGACGUAUUUCCCACAAUCAAGGGCGUGCCUUAUGAGAUGAUCUCCUUCAAGUACCACAUUGAGGUGAUCGUAGACCUCGGGGGCAGGCUGGCUAACCAGCUCCAAGGCCCGUCGGGGACGAGGCCGGGCCCCAAGGCAGGACCGCUCGGCGUGGCCGGCGGGGCCUUCGAUGCGGAGCCAACCUCCGUGACCUCGUGGGGCACGAGCAUAAUCGACACGGCUGGGCUUCGACGGCAGAAGGGCGUUAUCUGCGUGGUGUCUGAGGUUGUCGUGGGGACGACAGAUAGCAGCAGGCUGCGCGGCAAGAGGCCCGCAAAGCCGGACCCUUCUGCUCACGCCGUGCCGGACGUCGACGCCGAGGCCUACAAUGGCGGCAGGGACGAGAACCACCAUGGGCCGGUAUUCCCGGACAAUGAUGACGGCUAUGCGCCAGAUGACCAUGCGCAGCAGGACUCCUCGCCAUCUCCCCAUGCGCACCCUCCGGAGUCGCCCCAACCCUACCCUUAUUGGAACCCCCUUCCUCCGCAGCCACCAUCCGCCCCGCACUACAUCCCUCCGCCGCAGGUGCCCGACGAGAGCGCGCUCACGGAAAAGGAGCGCAUCAGACGCGCCGAGCAACGGCUCCUCCCCAGCCAGCCGCCGCCCGAACCGCCCGCCGCGGGCCCCUCGGCCAACCCACACCUACACAACGGCGAAAACAUCUACGAUGCCGACGACGGCGACGACGACCACAACCUCGCCGCCACGCCCGUCCCGUCCCGCAGUCCGCAGGAAGUGCCGUCCGCGCCGACGCUGGAAGACCUCGCCGGAGGUGGCGGCGGCCCCGCCGGGACACCGCCGCACCUCCAGACCGAAGACAAGCAGGAGCUCGAGCGCCGGCGCUUGCUGGCCGAGGCGAGCGCGCCGCCCGAGUUCCCCGAGGACUACGAUGGCCAUGCCGCCGGUGCCGCCGGCGGCGGCGGGGCAAGCAGCAGCAGCUUGGCCGACCACCAGGCCACGGCGCCGCCGCCCGAAGCGGUGCUGGGAUUCUUCCCCGCCGCCGGCUCGGCCGCCGAGUUUGCGCCCUCGGCGCCGGCGCUUGACGAGGUACGACGGGGCCAGGAUGGCGAGGAGGCGGCGUACGGGCCGCACUUCGCGUAUGGCGGGGUCGGCGCCGAGUCUUCUUCUUCUUGUUCCGCGGCUGCGGGGCGGCUGGCCGGCGGGGCGGGGGCGGCCGCGGUGGGGCAGGAGCCGUUGCCUAGGUAUGAGCGCUGA